CGUGUUCGGUGGUCCAGGUCAUAAGCUUUCGCUUUCGCGAGACGAUAACCCGAAGGAGAAUGAGGCCUACUUUGGCUGUUCUAUCCGGCCGGUCCGCCUGGAAAGGACCGUACUUCGUCGCCUUCCCGAAUCUGCGCGAGGCACUCGAGAACGGCACAACCAUUAAGACGCAAGCCAGGUCGUGUACCAUUCUGCCGAAUUUCGUUGGAAUCCGAUUUCAGGUCCACAAUGGCAAACAGUAUCUGCCGGUGACGGUUACGCAGGACAUGGUCGGGCACAAGCUAGGCGAGUUUGCGCAUACAAAGAAGAAGUUCUCGUACAAGCAAACGAGGAACAAGUAGAGAUCCUUUGUUCCCUUCGGAUUCGCAUCCGGGAUGCGGGGGUGACCUAGUGAUCCCUACGACUGGCAGGCCUCCACACGACCAACAGCUCGCCGCAGCGCGACGCGAGUGGUGGAAGCAACGUAGAGACCGGAGAGAAGGCAUGUGCAUUGAUCGGGUCUGCCAACGUCCUCUUCCGCAUCGAAUACAAUGUUCAUGGGUAAAUCCGUGUAAUCAUACGCAAGACGACGCAUAUACGCGCAGAUGCGCC